AUGAGAUAGAAGCUGGACUUUGUUCCUCCACAUAUGAGUCCAGCACCGAGCUGGGCUCAAAGUCCAGCUCUCACACACACACUCACACACUCCUGCUGCGCUGUGUGUGUGUUUGUUUUCACUGUGUUCCCCUCCAGCAGCAGGAUGACCCUCUUGACCCGUCUCCCUGCGGUCCUGGUGCUGGUCCUGGUCCUGCUGGUCCGGCCGGCGGUCGGCCAGGACCCCGGGGAUCCGUCCGCCGUCCCCCCAUCGCAGCAGGAGGGCCAGGAGGGCCAGGAGGACGGGGACUGGGGCCUGAACUCCCUGCGGGGGGGCUUCGAGGCCGUCAGCGGCUACUUCGACUCGGUGCUGGAGCUCAUGGGCGGCCGGGACGGGGUGUGUCAGUACCGCUGCCGAUACGGGAAAGCCCCCCUCCCCCGGCCCGGCUACCAGAUGCCUGAACCCAACGGCUGCAGCUCCUACUUCUUCGGCCUGCCGGUUCCAGACGGGAUGGACAUGGGCAUCCCGGCCAUGACCAAGUGCUGCAACCAGCUGGACAUAUGCUACGACACCUGCGGCUCCAACAAGUACCGCUGCGACUCCAAGUUCCGCUGGUGUCUCCACAGCAUCUGCUCCGACCUGAAGAAGAGCCUGGGCUUCGUGUCCAAGGUGGAAGCGUGCGAGACGGUGGCCGACACCCUGUUCAACACCGUGUGGACGCUGGGCUGCAGGCCGUACAUGAACAGCCAGCGAGCCGCCUGCUUCUGCCAGGGAGAGGACAAGGACGAGCUGUAGGCCCGCCGCUGGCCUAUU